AUGAAGAGCUGGCUCCGGACAUUAGGCCUCACGGCCUUAUUGGCAGGCUCAGUGCUUGCCAAUGAUGUGGAAUUGAAAUCCGAUGAGGCGCAUCGACAACGUUGUUCAGGGAUGUACAGCCGGAAGUCUUGGGGCGGAAGUGUCGACCCUUUCAUCUUGGUGAAGUUUUCGAAGACAGCUGGGACAGAUGGUGGCGAUCCAUUGGCCAGCUUGGUUAUCUUUGAAUGGGAGGAUGAAAAGUUGAUUGGGAAGUGGCGCGAAGGAGAUGAUCAGGAUGGUUCCAGGGACACCAUUUGCGACCAGAACAGCGUCGAUGCCAAACUUUGCACAACGGAGCAGAUCGGUUCAUUUAUUCUGGCGAACAACGCGAGCGAUGUUUCUAAGAACCCUAUAAUGUCUGAGGCCAUCCACCUUAACGACCCCGACGCCGUGAAGUACCCCGUGCAUAAGACCGGUUUCUACUGCGUGACCACCUAUAAAUACGACGAUGUGAGCUAUGACGCUGUGGUCACCUUCCGUAACUCUUACGGAGAGCUUCCCGCUGCGCAAAUCGCUAAGCUACCUUUCUAUGGUGCUUUGACAAUCGUCUACGCUGUUGUCGGGGUCUUCUGGGCCUUCCUUUAUGUGCAAAACCGCCACGACAUUCUGCCCGUCCAGAACUAUAUCACUGCCAUCGUAGUGUUCUUGAUUGUUGAGCAGUUGAUGACCUGGGGAUUCUACAACUUCCAAAACAUUCAUGGUCUGAACGCAGGAGCGAAGGCGUUGAUGAUCAUUGUUGCUGUUCUAAACGCUGGCCGAAAUGCUUUCUCGUUCUUCCUGUUGCUUAUUGUGUGUAUGGGCUAUGGCGUUGUCAAGCCAUCGCUUGGACGUGCAAUGAUCUAUGUUCGCAUACUGGCCAUCGCUCACUUUGUCUUCGCAGUCGUCUACUCCGUUGCCAGUCUGACCAUCACCCCUGACAGUGCUGGGCCUCUGGUGCUUCUGAUCGUUCUGCCCCUGGCUGGAACUUUGACUGCUUUCUAUGUCUGGACUUUGAACUCUCUCAAUGCCACCAUGAAGGAUCUCAUCGAUCGCAAACAGAAGACCAAGGCAUUGAUGUACAAGAAGCUGUGGUGGUGCAUUCUUGGCAGCAUUAUCGUCAUCUUCGGCUUCUUCUUCAUUAACUCCUUUGUUUUUGCUGGCCAUAGCGAUGAGAGCUUUGUCCCUGAGCACUGGAAGUCCCGAUGGUUUGUGCUGGACGGCUGGCUCAACCUGGUGUACUUCUUUGACAUCUGCUUCGUGGCCUACCUGUGGCGACCAACUGCCAACAACCGACGCUUCGCCAUGAGUGACGAGCUUGCCCAAGAUGACGAUGGCUUCGAGAUCCGUUCCUUCGGUAGUGGUCUCGAUGAGGAGGACCCUUUCGAUGCCCCUCCUGAUUACCCCGGUAGCUCCCGUGCCGCGGGUCACCGUGACCUCUCUCCCAUCCCGCCAAAGCCUGUGUCAUCGGCCCAACGCCAGUCCCUUGAUGAGGAGACUAUCUUCGCUGUGGGCGACGAAGACAAGUGGUCUGAAGAUGAGGAGUCUCCAAGAAACUCAGAUGAGCAUCAAAGACUCACACACUAA